AUGAAUGCUCAGAAUUCUUUGCGUGAAGUCAUCUCUACAGCUGUUCAACUCUGUAUUCCAAUGCCUGUAUUUAUUGCUGCAUUAGCAUUUUUUGAUGGUUAUCGUUCCGACGCACAACGUGACUAUUUUGGUGCUCAUUGUUAUCAACUUCUUUCUAAUCCAGGAAUUGCUUUACAUAUAAAUUGGACAGGAAAAGGAAGACGGGUUACAUUAUAUUUUAGAAAUUAUGUUUAA